AUGACAGACGUCGACCCCUACCGGGAUGCGGAAUACAUCGCUGACGUGUCCGGCAUUACCUAUGACGAUGCGGAGCCCCCAAGGCCAACAGGCACGCUCAGCAGCCAGAACGCCCGCGUAAAGAAAGUCCAGUCGACCGCCAAAACCGCCUUCAUUGACCGGCUACUACGCGAUCUCGACAUAUUAAUUUAUUGUCAGCUCUCCGCGCUGUAUUACAUGGACUGCUCGAUCAUAUUAUUCGCCAUACGUGCCAUAGUGGAAUUGAUCUUCUUUACACCCAAAGCCGCCCCCUUCGAGCCGACGCGCAACCAGCCAUAUGUCGGCGCCAUCAUUGCCAGUAACCUCAUCUGCAUAAUCUUCCAUGCGUUCUUUAUCCGACCCGAAGCCGGCGAGGAAACACGCGGCUACCUCCACGGAGGCAUAUUCAUCGAUUUCAUCGGACAGACCCCCGUGCCUGUAUACCGUCUCAUAUUAUUCGAUGUCCUGAUCUUCCUACUCGAUUUCGUCAUGCUGGCUUUGGUUAUCGAGCGGGUUAGGACUAGUGGUUCUCCCACUCCACGCCCAGCAACCACAAACACAAACACAAGUACAGAUACAGUUGCAGGAACGGAAACAGGAACGGAAACAGGGGACGCCCAAACCCGGACCCAGACACAAGACCACGAUGCCGAAGAACGCGGCCUGUUACGACCAGAUGGAACGGAUGAAACAGGCGAAACAGCCACAUCAGCCCGCAAUAGUCCUGAUUCACCAUUGCACAGUAGCAUCGACGAAGAAGUCGACGAAGAACGCACCAAUCUACUAGCAGAUCCCAGCGACACAACAUCCGGAGUCAGCGCUCGGGGCAGCCAUCCCAUGGAUACAUACGCCUCUGGUGAGGCUGUCAUAGUUGAAAUGAGUUUCUUCGGGACACUGCGGGAUCAAUGGCGCCAUACGAAUACGCCAACUCAGCCAAGAACGGGUCUCGUCCCGUCUCCCGAGACGGCGACUUUCUUGCGUCAGCGGUUUGGGUUGCAGGUCAGUACUGAUGGUCGUAUUGAACGUGUGAAUCGAUAG